CACACAGUCAGUGAAGUUCAGGGGCGUUAUGGCGGACCCUUCUGUACUGCUGUUCGUGUGGUAAACUUUCAAUUUCAAUUAUUAGAAACCAACUAGAGGUACACGCAUUGGAUGAGCAGCUUGGCCCAUAGCCCUUUCUAGUUAGCUUGUGAGUGACGUACUACUGACUUUAAUUGUUCUUAAUCAAUACCACAGCUUUAUUGCUGAUCAAUGCCGACUAGCGGUCUGAAAAAUAUUUUGCAUGUGUGUCGGUUUUUGUAUCGAUUGAGUAAUCGCAGGUAUAAGAAUCCCCAAGCAGUUAGUCUGACCGAACUAAGCGUAUUGAGCGCACGCAAAUACUGAUUUGAAACGAAACCGGUUGAAUUUGCUCGAAAAAGUAAAAAAAAAUAACUACUGUUAAUUUUGAUUAAAAAAAUAAAAAGAAGCUAAAGUAGUUUUAUAACAGAGAUAAAUCGCUUUGAAAAUAUUCAACAUAAUGCAAUAAAUUUAAAAAUCGUACUGACCUAUUAUACUAACGAAUAGUAGGCAUGUCGCUGGUACUAUUUUUAUUUUUAACUUGUGCUAUCUGCUACUUCAUUCAUGCGAAAUGGAAAGUUUAUGUUGUCGGUAGUCGAAUACCUGGGCCACGCGCCUUGCCAGUGAUCGGCAAUGUACAAAUGUUAAAUAAAUUGAAGCCGGAAUCUUUAUUUCAAAGUGUCGCCGAAUUUCGUGCUCGUUUUGGAGAAACGUAUCGUUUAUGGCUCGGGCCUGAGCUGUGGGUCUUUUUGCAUAGUCCAGAAGAAACGCGUGAAGUUUUGAAUGACCCGACGCUAACAAGACCAGCGGCAUUCCAACAACUAAGCGUCUUGAUAGGCAAUGGACUGCUGAUAAGUCAUGGUAAACACUGGGAAACUCAUCGCCGUGCUCUAAAUCCGGCCUUCCAUCCACAAAUACUAAGCACUUUCACACCAACAAUAGCGCUGCAUGGAGACGAGUUAGUCGAAAAAUUACGCGCCACUAAUGGCCAGCCGAUUGAAGUCAGCGAUAGUCUUUUUGCCUGCAUAUUGGAUGCUAUAAUAGAAACCUCAAUGGGCAAGCAACUGAACGCACUAAUGGAUCCAGACAACCGCUAUACGCACGCCUUUCAUAAAACCAGUGAACUUCUCUUCAAACGCAUGACGAAUCCACUGCUAGCUCUUGACUUCAUAUUUCAACACACGCGAAUGUAUCGCGAAUUGUGCGCAUCACUCGCAGUUAUACACGAGCUAAUGGCUGCGGUGGUAGACGAGCGCACCGAUGCACUGAAAAAACAAGGGAAACUGGCAUCGCAGGUUGAAUCAUUACUGGUCUCACACCCAGAGGAGGCGGGCAUACGCAAGCCGCGUCGCACAUUGUUAGACACGUUACUAAUGACUGAAAUUGAUGGACGAAAGUUAACUCGCGGCGAAAUAUGCGAUGAAGUGAACACGUUUGUCUUUGCAGGUGUUGACACGACCACAGCGGCAAUGUGUUUUGUGCUAUACAGCCUUGGUAAAUAUCCGGCGGAACAGCAAAAACUCUUAGCGGAAAUACGAGAACACUCUUUGGAAGAUGCUGAAUUAACGGCUGAGUCCCUAAUUCGUCUGGAGUAUUUGGAUCUUUUUCUCAAAGAGGUGCUCCGUUACUACACCACUGUGCCACUUACAGGCCGUCAAACCACUACGGAAACUGUUAUCGGUGGCCGUCACUACUGUGCUGGCGUAACACUCUGGAUUAAUAUAUAUGGACUGGCGCAUGAUGAGCGUUACUUUCAUGCGCCGGAAGAGUUUCGACCCAUGCGCUUUGGGCGCGAACAAAACGAACAAGUGCCACCUUAUGUUCAUGUACCAUUUUCAGGAGGACCACACAUUUGUAUAGGACGAAAGUAUGCAUUGCUGAUAAUGAAAAUAUUAACCGUACAGAUUUUACGCACAUUCGAUGUGCAACUGCACAAGCCACAGGAAGAAUUGGUGCUGCAGGCGCAAAUGGUGCUGAAGUCUCUACAAGGGUUUAAUUUGAUGUUUGAACCUAGAGCGAGGAAAGGCUGAGUGUACAUUUUGUAUAUCUAAAAAGUAACUACAUAUGUACAUACAUACAUUUGUAUAAUUCCUUUAUAAAGUAAUAAUGAAU